GGAACACAUCACCGGGGAACACAUCACCGGGGAACACAUCACCGGGGAACACAUCACCAGGGAACACAUCACCAGGGGACACAUCACCGGGAACACAUCACCAGGGAACACAUCACCGGGGAACACAUCACCAGGGGACACAUCACCAGGGGACACAUCACCGGGGAACACAUCACCAGGGAACACAUCACCAGGGAACACAUCACCAGGGGACACAUCACCAGGAGACACAUCACCAGGGAACACAUCACCAGGGAACACAUCACCAGGGGACACAUCACCAGGGAACACAUCACCGGGGAACACAUCACCAGGGAACACAUCACCAGGGAACACAUCACUGGGGAACACAUCACCAGGGGACACAUCACCAGGGAACACAUCACCAGGGAACACAUCACCAGGGGACACAUCACCCGGGAACACAUCACCAGGGGACACAUCACCAGGAGACACAUCACCAGGGAACACAUCACCAGGGGACACAUCACCAGGGGACACAUCACCAGGGGACACAUCACCAGGGGACACAUCACCGGGGAACACAUCACCGGGGAACACAUCACCGGGGAACACAUCACCGGGGAACACAUCACCGGGGAACACAUCACCAGGGGAACACAUCACCGGGGAACACAUCACCAGGGGACACAUCACCAGGGAACACAUCAUCGGGGACACAUAACCGGGGAACACAUCACCGGGGAACACAUCACCGGGGAACACAUGACCGGGGAACACAUCACCAGGGAACACAUCACCGGGGAACACAUCACCGGGGAACACAUCACCGGGGAACACAUCACCGGGGAACACAUCACCAGGGAACACAUCACCGGGGAACACAUCACCGGGGAACACAUCACCAGGGAACACAUCACCGGGGAACACAUCACCGGGGAACACAUCACCGGGGAACACAUCACCAGGGAACACAUCACCAGGGAACACAUCACCGGGGAACACAUCACCGGGGAACACAUCACCGGGGAACACAUCACCAGGGAACACAUCACCAGGGAACACAUCACCGGGGAACACAUCACCAGGGGAACACAUCACCGGGGAACACAUCACCAGGGGACACAUCACCAGGGAACACAUCAUCGGGGACACAUAACCGGGGAACACAUCACCAGGGAACACAUCACCGGGGAACACAUCACCGGGGAACACAUCACCAGGGAACACAUCACCGGGGAACACAUCACCGGGGAACACAUCACCGGGGAACACAUCACCAGGGAACACAUCACCAGGGAACACAUCACCAGGGAACACAUCACCGGGGAACACAUCACCGGGGGACACAUCACCAGGGAACACAUCACCAGGGGACACAUCACCGGGGAACACAUCACCGGGGAACACAUCACCAGGGGACACAUCACCAGGGAACACAUCACCAGGGAACACAUCACCAGGGAACACAUCACCGGGGAACACAUCACCGGGGAACACAUCACCAGGGAACACAUCACCAGGGAACACAUCACCGGGGAACACAUCACCGGGGAACACAUCACCAGGGAACACAUCACCGGGGAACACAUCACCGGGGACACACUAUACACUACAAAAUAA